GUCGCCAUGUGACGCAGACACACCUCUUGCUGUGAUUGGCUGCUCUCUGCAAACGUCCACUCCAUUCGGAGGUUUGAAGGUGAAAUUUGUUCUUGUGUGAAUGCAGUUUAUCAUCGCAGUUAUGGCAUCCAGUGCCCUGUACAGCACACGCACUCAUCUGUGCAGACAUCUGCAGGCACAUAAAUACCUCAGCAGGACCUACACCACACGACCAGCUCUAAAUGAAGUUGUCAUCGUCAGUGCUGUCAGGACCCCAAUGGGGUCUUUCAAAGGAAGCCUUUCCACAGUGCCUGCCACCAGACUCGGUUCCAUUGCUAUUAAAGGAGCCAUUGAGAAAGCAGGAAUCCCUUUGGAGGAGGUGAAGGAAGUGUACAUGGGUAAUGUGUUGCAAGCAGGAGAAGGACAAGCACCGACCAGACAAGCUGUUCUGGGUGCAGGUCUCCCUCUGUCCACUGAGGCCACUACCAUCAAUAAAGUGUGUGCCUCUGGGAUGAAGUCCAUCAUGCUGGCCGCUCAAAGUCUCAUGUGUGGCCAUCAGGAUGUGAUGGUUGCUGGUGGGAUGGAAAGCAUGUCUCGGGUUCCGUAUGUCAUGGCCAGAGAAGCGCCCCCUUAUGGUGGAGUGAAGAUGGAGGAUCUGAUUGUUAAGGACGGAUUGACGGACGUCUACAACAAAUUCCACAUGGGAAACUGUGCUGAAAACACAGCCAAGAACAGCAGCUUCUCCAGGGAGGAGCAGGACGCGUUUGCCAUCAGCUCCUACAGCCGCAGCAAAGCAGCGUGGGAGUCCGGGAUCAUGGCCAAGGAAGUGGUUCCUGUGAGCAUCCCUCAGAGAGGAAAACCAGACAUUGUUGUGAAGGAAGAUGAAGAAUAUAAGAAGGUUGACUUCAGCAAAGUCCCCAAACUGAAAGCUGUGUUCCAGAAAGAGAACGGCACAGUGACGGCCGCUAACGCUAGUACGCUGAACGAUGGCGCGGCUGCUCUCGUGCUCAUGACAGCGGACGCAGCGAAGAGGCUCGGCGUCACACCGCUGGCAAAGAUUGUUGCUUUUGCUGAUGCUGCCAUCGCCCCCAUCGACUUCCCCAUCGCUCCAGCCUUUGCCGUCCCGAAGGUCCUGAAGGCGGCCGGUUUGAAGAAAGAAGACGUUGCCAUGUGGGAGAUCAAUGAAGCCUUCAGUGUUGUGGUGCUGGCCAACAUCAAGAUGUUAGACAUCGACCCCAGCAAAGUCAAUAUCAACGGAGGAGCCGUUUCCCUCGGACAUCCAAUCGGGAUGUCAGGGGCGAGAAUCGUAGGUCACAUGGUGCACAAUCUGAAAUCAGGACAGUACGGACUGGCUGGAAUCUGCAAUGGAGGCGGCGGCGCUUCCUCCAUCCUCAUCCAGAAAUAUUAGGACUUGAGAUUCAGAAAAGGUCUUUCUUUUUUUUUUUUUUUUUAAAAUAGGGGGAAAACUUAUCAAUGCUCAUAAAAUACAAACUUCCCAAAUGGUAAUAUUUAUUCUGUGCAGUCAAUGUUGUAAUGAAAGUGUUUAUAAUUAAACAGCAAUAAAACAGACUAUUGAUUGACUGUUGAUGAGUGAUGCUUAUACUCAUAAUGCAGUUCCCCUGAAUGAACACCAGAGGGAGAACGUGCACAAAACUUCACAGACUGUGAUGAUGCAUUUCGGCAAUAAUUAACAUUGUAUAUAUAGAAGUUUACAGAUGAUGACUUCUGUUUCUGAGCACCCUGGAAAUGUCCUUUGAGGCAACCUGACUAGCAGUGACCUGAAACUAAUUUAUGCCACAAGUAAGUUGUUAAUUGAACACACAAUUAUUACUUUGUGAUUGUUGAACGCUGCAGAUACUAUAGGCAUGAGUGGUAAUAUGGACAAUGCAUAAAUGAUGGUUUUUCAAUUUUCACUUUCCACAAUAUUUUGGAAAUUUACCCCUGACUACAUCCAUCCAAAAAAACAAACAAACAUCCAUGUUAAAAAUAAUAAUAAUAAUGAUGAUGAUGAUAAUGCAACUAAUAGCAGAACUCACAUUUUAUUUGUAUUAUAUUACAAUUGUUUAGCAUCUUUCAAUCCCAUUUUUAAUGAUAUUUUGCUUAUAGACUUUAUUAAGUGCAAUUGUUUUAUGUCAUAACGCAAUGAAAUGUCAAUAUAUGUGGACAUAAUUUUUGGACAGGCUGUCGUUCAAAGAAAUUAUGAACAUGCAAAAGCGAGAGAAUAAACUAAAUAUCAUUGACUGAU